AUGUCACAACGUUUCUCUACCGUCGAUGUUGCAGCGCACAAUAUCGCAGACGACCUCUACAUCAUCGUAGAUGAAGACGUCUAUGACCUGACCAAAUUCGCGGACGAGCAUCCCGGAGGAAAGAAGAUUCUUACCCGCGUUGCUGGCAAAGAUGCCUCGAAGCAGUUCUGGAAGUACCACAACGAGAGUAUCCUCAAGAAGUACCAGAAGCAACUGCAAGUAGGGUCGCUAGACACAAAGGCUGCGCCUCCCACUCCUCCAGCAACACCACCAUCGCAGAAGAAGGAGCCCGUCAAGCCUGAGACUGUCUCAGGCGCCAUUGCACCUCAGCCAACUGAGGCUGCUGCCGAGGAGGCUGAGUCAUUCGACUCCUAUGGCGACCUUAUUCCAUACGCCGACCCAUCAUGGUACCAAACCUACCACUCGCCCUACUAUAACGAGACCCACGUAGCCCUCCGCGAAGAAGUUCGAGUAUGGGUUGAGGAGAAGAUCAUGCCCAACGUCACCGAGUGGGAUGAGGCAAAGAAGGUGCCAGAUGAGAUCUACAAGGAGAUGGGUGACCGCGGCUACCUUGCCGGUCUGCUGGGCAUUCACUAUCCAGCGCAAUACACCGAUAAGCGAGUAGCAAGUGUACCACCUGAAAAGUGGGACCACUUCCAUGAGAUGAUUCUCACAGACGAGCUGUCUCGCACCGGUAGUGGAGGUCUUGUCUGGAACCUCAUCGGUGGCUAUGGCAUCGGUGGCCCACCAGUCUUCAAGUUUGCAAAGCCAGAACUAAUCAAGCGCAUUGGCCCUGGACUGCUCAGUGGUGACAAACGCAUCUGUCUUGCCAUCACCGAGCCCGACGCUGGCAGCGACGUCGCAGGUCUGACCUGCGAAGCCAAGCUCUCCGAGGACGGAAAGCACUACAUCGUCAACGGCGAAAAGAAAUGGAUCACCAACGGCAUCUGGUCCGACUAUUUUACAACCGCGGUCCGCACCUCGAACAAAGGCAUGAACGGCGUCUCCGUGCUCCUCAUCGAGCGCUCAGCCGGCGGUGUCUCGACCCGCAGAAUGGACUGCCAGGGCGUCUGGUCAUCAGGAACAACAUACAUCACCUUCGAGGACGUCAAGGUCCCCGUCGAGAACCUCAUCGGCAAGGAGAACCAGGGCUUCAAGGUCGUUAUGACAAACUUCAACCACGAGCGCAUAGGCAUCAUUAUCCAAUCUGUCCGCUUCGCGCGCGUCUGUUACGAGGAAAGCGUCAAGUACGCGCACAAGCGCAAGACCUUCGGCAAGAAACUCAUCGACCACCCGGUCAUCCGCCUCAAACUCGCACAUAUGGCGCGCCAGAUCGAGGCCAGCUACAACUGGCUUGAGAACCUGGUGUACCAGUGCCAGCUCAUGGGUGAGACUGAAGCUAUGUUGAAGCUCGGUGGAGCUAUUGCGAGUUUGAAGGCGCAGAGUACUACGACAUUCGAGUUCUGCGCAAGGGAAGCGAGUCAGAUCUUUGGCGGUCUGAGUUAUAGUCGUGGUGGGCAGGGCGCGAAGGUCGAGAGGCUAUACAGGGAUGUAAGGGCGUAUGCUAUCCCGGGUGGAAGUGAGGAGAUCAUGCUGGACUUGAGUAUCAGGCAAGCGCUGAGGGUGCACAAGGUUUUGGGGAUGAAAUUGUAG